AUGCCCCUCCAGCCGCUAAAGACGACCGCCGUCGGCGGCCGCGACCCUUCCCUCCUGUCGCCCUCCGAUUACGACGCCGACGCUGUCUCGAUCCGAAGCGACCAGGACACCGACAGCGACGAUGACGAGCGCCAGUUGCGCGCGAGGAACAGCCGCGAGCUGCGCGCGCAUGAUAGGUUGGUGCUGAUGGAGGAGGAAGAGCUGGAUCAUCUGGUAAUCGAGAACCGGAGGAAGCAGAAGGGAAAUCGGAGGGGAUCCGGCCUGCCCAUACCAAACCCGCUUAAGCUGCUGACCAGGAGGUUGAGCGAUGCGUCGCCGUCACCGUCAAGGAGCCCGUCCCUGCAGCCGGGUGAUUCGGGCGAGUCGGUCGAGGACCUCGGGACGGAGAAAAGGAGGGCGAGACGUCAGAGGAGAAAGAUGAAGCGGGACAGGCUUCUCUCUGACGCGCAACAUGGUGAGGAUGGCGAGCUGAUGUAUGAGAUGGAAGAGGGCGGUAUGAAAGACGGGAGCUCGACAGGCGAGAGCAGCGACCGCGACGACAGCGACGAGGUCGACAGGAAACGCUUGCUGCACGUUACCGACACCGAGACGAAACGAAAACGCAACUGCCGCCGAUGGGCGUUGCUCUAUGCGAUCAUCGGGGUUGCUUUUGCGAUUCUUGUACUAGUGGCGUGGAAGCUGUCGCUGGAGCGGAAGAGCACGGGGAACGGCCCGAAAAUGGUCAGCAACGGCACCGCCCUGUUUGCGCCCACUACCCUCAUCAUCAGUCUGGACGGCUUCCGGGCUGACUUCCUCAACCGGGGGCUAACGCCGAGGCUCAACGCCCUCGUCAAGGAGGGUGUAUCGCCGCUGUACAUGCUGCCUUCGUUUCCGAGUGUCACGUUUCCCAACCACUACACGAUCGCCACAGGGCUCUACCCCGAGGCCCAUGGCGUUGUUGGCAAUAGUUUUUGGGAUCCAACAUUGAAGGAAGAGUUCUUCUACACCAAGCCUUCGCGAAGCAUGGACCCGAAGUGGUGGGGCGGCGAGCCGUUCUGGGUGACUGCGCAAAAGCAGGGCCUCAAGACGGGCAUUCACAUGUGGCCAGGGAGUGAGGCGCACAUUCUCAAUGUCGAGCCCACGUACGUGGACAGGUUCAACGGGAAGGAGAUGCUCUCGCGGAAGGUGGAUAGAGUUCUAGAACUUCUGGACAUGCCCGACGCCGACCGUCCCCAGAUUAUCGCGGCGUAUGUCCCGAAUGUUGAUGCUGACGGACACAAAUACGGCCCGAACAGCACUGAGAUCCAGUUCACGAUUCAAAAGGUGGACAAAAUGCUUGACAGCAUGUUCAAGGGUCUAGAGGAUCGGAAUUUGACGGAUAUCGUCAACAUCAUCGUUGUUUCUGACCACGGUAUGGCGACUACCGACGUUACCCGGCUGGUGCAGCUCGAAGACAUUGUGGACACCAGCAAGAUCGAACACACGGACGGCUGGCCGCUCAUCGGUUUGCGACCUAAAAACCCAGGUGACCUUCAGGACAUUCACCGAGAGGUGCUUGAAAAGACCAAGGGGAAUCCCAAUCUCGAAGUCUACCUCCGUGAUGUCGAUAUGCCAGAACGGUAUCACUUCUCCAACAAUGAGCGCAUUGCGCCAUUGUGGAUUGUGCCCAAGGCAGGCUGGGCGCUCGUCAAGAUGGACGAGAUGAACUUGAAGGAAGCGCAGGCUAAGGGUGUGGUGUACCAUCCUAGAGGCCUGCAUGGUUAUGACCAUGAACAUCCCUUGAUGAGGGCAAUUUUUAUUGCCCGGGGCCCGGCUUUCCCCCACGAGCCCAACAGCCGAGUCGAACCCUUUCUCCCGAACAACGGGACACUCCGAUUGCCUCUCAAGCCAGUGGGGUUGCACAACGACUCAGCCUCAAACGGCCUCGAGACACCGGCCGAUCCAGCGGAACCUCACACUCUCUCAACCUCGACCUCAACCUCGCCAGUACCGCGACCAACAAAGCCCGUGUUGGUUAACCCUGUUCCAACAAGCAAUGUUGUGUCGAUUGCGCCAACAAGCACCGUCGCAGUUGACCAACCAACACCACACCAACCUUCUCAACCGCCCUCGAGCGAUGACAGUGACAGCGACAGUGAUAGCGAUGAGAAUGAUAUUACAGACAAGGUUGAGUCUUCAGUCAAGGACUUUUGGGACUGGUUCACCGGAAAGGUGGGCCAUUGGUGGGGUAAAGUUACUGGUCAUGGGAAAGGAGACGGGGACAGCGGUAACGAGGGCAGUUCCUCGGGGUAG